UCCUCCAAGGCAAAGGGAGUUUGGAAAGGCAGUGAAGCAGAUCCGCAGAAAGAGCAGGCUGUUCUCGGAGGAGAGGCUUCCCUCUUUUAUACAGAGCAGCUCGUGCGGGGCUGCCAAUGAGCUGCUCUCCGAUUGGCUGCAGCCGCGCCAUGUAUUGGAUGCCGCCCCGACGUUGGAAGACUUCUAAAGGCACGCGUCCCUGAGGGCAGGCGGAGGGCAGCAGGCCUGUCGGAGCCAUUGUGCCUGAAAGAGCCAAUCAGAGAGCGGGCGUGUGCCGGGACUAUAGCAUAAAAGGUGGCAGAGUCUUUGAAGGCAACCCAAACAGCUCAUCAUCAACGGAACUGGAAGAUACAACCUCGCCAUGCAGUCUGCUGGAAAAUCCCUGAAGGAAGCUCUGCUCUGCGCUCACAGCGAGGAUCGUCUCACGGUUGGAGUCUACGAGAGUGCCAAAAUUAUGACCGAUGAUCCAGACAGUGCGUCCUUCUGCGUGCUGGCCGUGGACGAGGAUUUCGAGUGUGACAUCGCUCUGCAGAUCCACUUCACCCUCAUCCAGUCCUUCUGCUUCGACAACGACAUCAGCAUCGUCAGAGUGAGCGACAUGCAGCGUCUGGCUGAGAUUGUCGCCGACAAGUCGGAGCAUCUCGAAGAUGCUCACUGCGUCCUCAUCACGAACCCAGCCGACGGAGCUUGGGAGGACCCUUCUCUGGAGAAGCUGCAUCUGUUCUGUGAGGAGAGCCGGCGUCUGAACGACUGGGUUCCCGAGAUCAGCCUCCCCGGGCGCUGAUGCGGGAUCGGGCUCUUCUCUGUGAAGCUCGUCAUCUAGGAAACACUCAUCCUGACGGACAGGAUGAGGCUGUCUCUGCUCGUCCCUGGAUACUCCCGAGGAGGAUUCCCAAUCCAGGCAGCACGGCGCCUCUUGGUCCGUCCGUGCCGAGGUGACUCUCAUUCUUUGUGUGAAUGAGGUCAGGUAUGCCUCGAGAGCGACACAUCAUCGACCCUCAUUCUUUGUGCGGAUGCGGUUUGGAGAGGAAGGAGAAGCGACGCGUGCGUGCUGCGGUCUCACGGAUCGUGCGCGCGUCGCUCGUCGAAGCACGCGCAGCAGGAGAAGAAGCGGUGCUGAGGAAGAGGACUUCUUAAGAAGAGACUUUUUCAAGAUGGCCUCUUGGCUGAGCAGCGUGACAACAGUUGCAGUCAGCGAAAAUCCUUCCCACUUUCCAGAAUUGUCUUCAUUCUCUAAAGGUUUCACUUUAGACGUUUAACAAUGACAAAAAAAAUGAGACAUAUAUUAAAAAAAGAACAUAUACAGUGUGCCUGUUCUCUAAAGGUUUCGCUUUAGAAUAUGGCCAAAUAAGCCAAAAAAAUGGGUGAAAAAACCUCAACAUUACAAUAUAAGCUAUUAACUUAAUUAACAAAUAUUGACUGAAAAGGUCAAACUAAACUGAAAACGUGUUUAAAAAGACAAAUGAAACACAAAAAGCACGUAACAAAACAAGUUUUCCCUUUGUCAAAUGAUAUGCCAUAAUAGCUGCACGGGGAAUAGCAUUUGUAAGGAAGCAAUAAAAUAUUUGAACUCAUCA